AUGGCUCCGGGUUCCCUCAUAAACGCCUGUGUUCCAAGCACCUUUGCUCCUACAGUCUUCGGCGCGGAAAUACUUACAGUUUCGGCGUCUCUAGUAACGAACUACAGCCUCGAUAUCCCGGAAGGCUAUCGAUUUACGGCGCCACCGCUCAAAGUCGAACGAGCCCGCUUCUGCAAUGUCACGGUUGCUUAUACCCACCCCGGAUACGAUGACGAGAUAUAUGUGGAAGCAUGGCUUCCCAUCGACAACUGGAACGGACGUUUUCAGGCAGUAGGAGGCGGCGGAUGGGCGGCAGGUCGAAUAGAUCUAUCAUACAUGAGCUUAGCAGGAGCCAUGCAGGAUGGAUAUGCCUCUAUUACCACGGACGGUGGACUGGGAAGCGCCAGUGAUCCAUUGCCUUGGGCCUUGACUAGCCCUGGGAAUAUAGAUUGGUUCCUACUAGAGGAUUUUGCUUCUAAGAGCCUAAACGACGAGGCAAUCAUCGGAAAGUCUCUCGUGGAAAGUUUCUACGGCCAGCCUCCGAAAUAUUCUUAUUUUAAUGGAUGCUCACAGGGCGGCCGGCAGGGCUUCAUGCUCGCUCAAAGGUUUCCAAAGGCCUACGAUGGCAUUUCUGCGGGCGCACCGGCAAUAUACUGGUCAGAUGUGAUGCUGAAUAGCUUUUGGCCAGAGCAAGUUAUGCGAAUGAUGAAAGAAUACCCUCAUUGGUGCGAACUGGAUGCCAUCACCGCCGCAGCAGUAUCUAAAUGUGACGGAUUAGACGGUGUAGUAGAUGGCAUCAUCGCGAACGUAGAUGAGUGCAGGAAGCUUUUUAGUCCGUUUGACCUCGUCGGUACGACUAUUGCUUGCGAUGAUACGACAAAGAAUAUCACCAAGGCGGCGGCGAAAGUAGCCAAGGCAGCAUGGGUAGGCAUAGUAUCCUCAACAGGAGAGCAUCUCUGGCAUGGAAUCAACCCGGGAAGUGAUCUGACCUGUCAUUCGCCCAACACAAAAAUCCCAAAUUGCGUUGCAGCUACGGAUUGUUCCAAUGGCAAUUGUACCAUGGAACACUCUAAUCCUUUGGGGUGGUAUUGGUUGACCUUGUUUAUCGCGAAAGAUCCCGACUUCGACCUCUCUAACAUCACCUUGGAUGAGUUCUCGAGCUUCCUACAUGCAAGUAGGCAACAGUACGGCUCCAUCAUCGAUACACAAGACCCCGAUCUUUCCGAGUUUAAGAAGGCUGGAGGGAAGAUGGUAUCUUUUCACGGACUGGCCGACAUUAUCGUACCACCUAAAGGCACCGAGCAAUACUACCAAGAAGUCUCCAAGAAUGUUGACAACGUCGGUGAAUUCUUUCGCUAUUUCGAGAGUCCCGGUCUCGGACACUGCUUGGGCGGUCCCGGCCAACCAGACUCCCUCUUCGCGCAGCUUCAGGCAUGGGUAGAAGAUGGAAUUGCGCCCGACAGUUCGCCAGUUUCGUUUUCCAAUUCCAAGGGCGAGACUCAAAAUAGAAUUAUUUGCCCAUGGCCACGAAAAGCCCAGUACGAUUCAAGUUGUGGAAAUGCUGCUAAGGCGAAGUGCUGGAGUUGCGUGGCACAAGUCACUCCCGAAUCUAACAUCCAGCAAGAGGAGCUAUAA